UCUGCAGUGUUGCAUUCUAUCAUACUAUAUCAAAAUGGCCACAGCGGUACAGAACCCCCUCAAAUCGCAAUCUGGAGGUGCAGUCAUCAAGAACAGUCUUGGAGAGGAGUUUUAUAAGGAGGCCAUCGAACACUGUCGCAGCUACAAUGCCCGUCUGUGUGCAGAGCGCUCCAUGCGGCUCCCUUUCCUGGACUCCCAGACCGGGGUGGCCCAGAGCAACUGCUACAUCUGGAUGGAGAAGAACCACCGUGGACCAGGUCAUGCUCCGGGCCAGUUGUACACAUACCCCGCUCGCUGCUGGCGCAAGAAGAGACGGCUAAACAUCUUGGAGGACCCGCGGCUUGUACCGAUCGAGUUCAAGAUAGACUACGAGGCAUCUUUAAAGAAGGAGGGGGGGAUCCCAGACGGUCCCGUGCUGGAGUCGCUGCUUGCUGGGGAAACCCUGGACAAGAAGGUAGAAACCAAGGAAGAAGAGCCCAUGAGCGAGUGUCAGAAGCUGCUUGUUGGGGAUUUCCCUCAUGAGCUGGAGGCGGAUGACAUGGAUGAAGAUGUUCCGAAGCGCAAGAACCGUACCAAAGCACGAGCCUAUGGUGUUGGGGGCAUGAGAAAGAGACAAGAGCUGCCUGCCAUUGAAGACAGAGACAAGCCUUAUGUCUGUGACAUCUGCGGGAAGCGCUAUAAGAACCGCCCAGGGCUGAGUUACCACUACACUCACACACACCUGGCAGAUGAGGAGGGUGAAGAAGACUCAGAGCGACACACGCUACCCUUCCAACGCAAGAACAACCACAAGCCCAAGAAAGCAGCGGAUGGCUCAGUCAUUGCCAACGGCUACUGCGACUUUUGCCUCGGAGGCUCAAAGAAGACCGGCUGUCCUGAAGACCUUAUUUCCUGUGCGGACUGUGGACGCUCAGGCCACCCGUCCUGUCUGCAGUUCACAGUGAACAUGACAGCUGCGGUGAGGACUUAUCGCUGGCAGUGCAUCGAGUGCAAGUCCUGCAGCCUGUGUGGCACCUCUGAGAACGACGACCAGCUGUUGUUCUGUGACGAUUGUGACAGAGGCUAUCACAUGUACUGUCUGAGCCCUCCGAUGUCUGAGCCGCCAGAGGGGAGCUGGAGCUGUCAUCUGUGUCUAAGACAACUGAAGGAGAAGGCCUCAGCCUACAUCACCCUCACUUAAUCUGCUGAGCUGCGCCUCUUCCUCUUGGCCCUUCAUCCUCUCCCAAAACCACUUCUCCGUAACCCCCCUCACUGUGCCUCAGAGGCUACCCCCCCUCUCCUCUUCUGAUCUGCUCGCCGCUACUCUCUCUACGUUCUGUCCCCGCGACCUUUGACACGACUGAGCACACAGCAACCACGGCGAUGCAUAUUCCCGAAACGUCUUUCCAGUGGCGAGCCAACCUCCGCCCCGUUUAUUUAUUUAUUUUGGUCACUCGAAUUCCCUGUUGUGCUUGACCUGAAUCCCCCCUCCCUUCAUUCUCUCUCUGUCUCAACAGAGGAAUUCAUCAGCUGGCAAUAAGUUUGCUAGCAAGACACACACUUCAGCCUGCCAAGGGCACUUCUGAGGCAUACUACUCCACAGGAACCCUCAUAAGGGCCCUCGGAUGAGCCCUAAUGAUCUUCAGCUGCAACUCAGUCAAGUAGUGAGCGAGAAUUAAUAAGAUGGAUAGGUGUUAGGCAGAGGACAGGGCAUUGAAGACCCUGGAUAACCAUGGAGCAGUAUGUUUCAGUGUUAGUCAACUGUGAAAUAUACACCCAAUCAAAAUUUCAUUUACUCCCUCUGUCCUUUACCGUGCACGGCAGAGCUGAGACACUGAACUCUGCUCCAUUAUUUGUCUGCAGGGUUUCCUGCUCCAUGCAGUUUUUUAAAGGCAGAGUGAAUUGUACAGAAUUUUGACUGAUUCUCCAUCUACGCGCUCAUAAAACCUCACCCUCGCCGGACACGUCGGAGUCUCUGGUCAGGAACUCAGACCAUCUUUGACCUCACCCUGUCCUCUCUCGUUGCAUGGGGUUUUUCCACAAAAUUAAUGAUGCAUUUUGGGAUUGACACCGGUGGUUUUUAGUGUGCGGAUGUGAUCCUCUGAUUAAAGGAGAGAAGGAUUUUUCUCUUAAUCAACUAUCUCUGAUCAAACGAUGUAUUUAAAAAUACAAUUUAGGCUUAGCGUCCCUCACAAAUCCUUUACCUGACCUUUGUUCGCCCUUUCCCUCGAUGAAACAAUGACUGUGAAGCCAAUGCGAGACUAAAACGCUCCUGGUGCUUGGUGUGUAUUAUCUGUGUGUUAAGAAUGUAGGAUCAAUGUGUGGACAAUGCAGAUCUUUGUCUGGCCUAUGCGGAGGCCAAAAAAACGUAUUUUUUAAUGAUUCCUUUUUUUAAUUUCUUUUUCAUUCGCAUGUUGUUGUUUCAGUUGUUUUUUCAAAACUUGUAAUUGAAAUCGAAGAGAAAGCACACUUAAUUCGCAAUAAUGUGUUUGUAAUAUGAACUCUUUUGGCCAAACUGGGUGUGUGUUAGUGUGUAUGUGUGUGUGUGCAUGUCUGUUUGUGGGACUUUAUUUGAAAACUACAAUAAUUGUAGCCAUUUCCAAGCUAGGCAGGAUCUGUGCGAGGAUCUGAGUAGCAGAGGUCAAGUGGAUGUAAGGAAAGUCGGCAUUUUCUCGUCCAGGUAUUCUGACAGAGUGAAGACAAAAAGAAAGUGUUAAAGGAAUUGUUUCAUCAUUUCACCGUGGCUUAUAUGCCAGAGUUCAUCUUGUAGUGACUCUGGAAAGUAUGGAAGAAAUGAAUAGUAUGGCACAUAACCCACACUGAAGAUCAUCAUUUUUAUCAUUUACAACCUUUUGUUUUAUAUUACACGUUAAUCCAUAAACAUUAGAGGUGCUGGUAGCCAGGAUGAGAGGUGAAACAUCUUCAAAAAACGUAAAGAAGUCCAGCCACCCUUGAUUCAAGGGUCUUAGACUAACAUUACCUGUUUGAGUGAAACCCUACACAGACAUACGGCCAGGAAAACUGUUUCUUACAGUGGCCCUGAGAGGUCAAAUGCACUGUAGCUAAGAAAAAUAACACCAACAAAUACUAAAAUGCUGUAAUAGCACACAAAACAAAACUGAUGAUGAAUAAAACACAAUAGAAAUAGAAAAAUACAUCCAUCCAUUUUC